AUGGAUUUCAACGCUGCAGCCACUCAAGAUCCUCGAGAAGUUGACCAGUCCACCAUGGACUAUCACGCCCAAGAACUGAACAACGCGCUCCCGUGGGCGAGAACCGUCAGGCUAUGGAGGGCCAACAGCGGCGCACCGGCGCCUCAGCAGUACUCGGAUGUCGGCCCGGAUGUCGGCAUUGAGCGAUUUACGUGGCCGCCGCCGCAGAGCUACGACAGCAGAGCAGCGCUUCUGAUGCGGGGGAUAAUGGCUGGCAAGGGCCACGAGACUUGCCAGAACCCACCGAGGACCGGUGCGGAGCACCGGCGCGGCGACGACUGGACGUUGGCGGACUUCGUGUCCCUAUCAUCUGAGCGGGUGGCGCCGGACCCAUUAGAGAUCCGGAAGAGCCGGAGACCUGCGCCCUGA